AUGAGUGUUUCUUACCAUCGUAAGGGCCAAGAGCCGAGUGUUGAUCAUUCGAGGUCUACGGUGAUAACGACCGAUGUUUCAUCGAAACCAUACUACUUUGAGCGAAAGGAGAUUCAUGGGCCAGAAACUGAGUCUAAUGAAGUGAAAAACAAGGUAGGAUGGCGAUCUUCUCCGUACAACAGUGUUUUGUCGUCGAUAUUUUCGUCUGCAAAGUCGUGGUUCUCGUGGGGAGAGCCUGGUUCGGAUGUAUCUUCUAGCGACAGUAUAAAAGAAGGGUCAGUUGAUGAGAAUUUGAAGCGAAAUCUGGACGAAAAUGAUGGUAGUCGCGUACUAAAACGGUACCAUGUUGAUUCGAUACUGACUGAAAAGGAGCAUUUGAGAGAACAAUUGGAGCAUUCCAUAACGCCUAAGAAGGAGAUAUUGAAACUUCCGAAGGAUCCGUUUAAAUGGAGUAGUGAUGAAUCGGGCAAAGCAAACUUUGACCAGUCGCCAAGCAAAGUGCAGUACGGUACUAGACUUUACAAAAAAAGGGCAUACAAAAACAAGCAUUCUUCGAACUCUUUAGCACUCAGACAAUCCGAUGAACUAUCAUAUUUGAAGGACAUAUUCAAUGGUGAAUACCGUGUACCAGUAGAAGUGCAGAAGGAAAGGGCAAACCAACUACGGUUACUUUCCAACGAUGCUAAUGUGAGCAGCAGAUCGAGCUCAAGCAACAGUAGUAACAAUAUCAUGAACCUAACGGAGAAGAUCAAGACGUUGUUGUUAGAAAACAGAAGACUGAUAACAGGUCCAGAGGGUAAGGGCACAUCUUCUGACGAUGACGUGGUGAUCAUCAAAGAACGUAAAAUUGACCCUCUAGAAGAAAAAAGGAAACAGAUAUACAGACAAACCCUUAAGUUCGAUAGAUCUGUGUUGUCCUUUGAGGAGGAAUUCAAGAGUUACUCGGAACUAAUAGAAGAGAGAAGAAAAAUUGCAGAGGAGAUACGAAAACUUUCGAAACCUGCCAAACCGGAGAAACUGAUUCCCGAACUAUCAUCAAAAGAUGUGGAGGCUGUUAAAGCUACGUUGAGAAGAUCUGAUAACUCUGUACUAUCUUCAAAGUACACUUUAGAAGUGUCAGUACGUGAUUUCAAAACACUUGCCCCAAAUAGAUGGUUAAACGAUACUAUUAUAGAGUUUUUCAUGAAGUAUAUUGAAAACAAUACACCAAAAACUGUAGCAUUUAACUCAUUUUUCUAUUCCACUUUAGCCAACAGAGGUUAUCAAGGUGUGAGAAGGUGGAUGAAAAGAAAGAAGGUUGAUAUUUUAGAUUUAGAAAGAAUUUUCAUUCCAGUUAACUUGAAUGAUUCGCAUUGGACAUUGGGUAUCAUAGAUAUCAAAAAUAAAAGGAUAUUAUAUCUUGAUUCGCUCUCUUCGGGAGCAAAUUCCGUCAGUUUCUUAAUAAUGAAGAACAUUCAGUCAUAUUUGAUUGAGGAAAGUAAAAAUAAAUUAGGAAAGGAUUUUGAGCUAUGCCACUUAGACUGUCCUCAACAACCAAAUGGAUCUGAUUGUGGAAUAUACGUUUGCUUGAAUACUCUUUAUAUGAGCAAAAAUUAUAGCCUAGAUUUCAAUGCACAAGAUGCGGUUAAUAUGAGGGUCUACAUAGGUCACUUAAUUUUAAGUAAAUAG